CUGCUGUGAACGUGUUCGAUGCCGGUGCUGAGCUUCAUGUGGGCUCUGUGUGUGAACAUGAUGACAGUCAACAUGUUUCUGAGUCUCUUCUUCCUCUCAGGUGCUGCGGAUGCUUGUGGUUACCAUUCAGAGCUGGAUGUUAAAACACCACAGAAGAUGGAGGCUCUGAGUGGAUCCUGUUUAAAAAUCCCAUGUAGCUUUAGGAAUGCAAAAGAAUUGAAUGGAACAAGAGAGACUUCUGCAAUGUGGAUCAGAGAUCAUCCUUUUCAGUUUAAUAACCCUGACUCAGUGGUUUAUGACAGUGGAAAGACAGACAAUAAAUAUCCAAUGAAUGUUACAGGAAACCUGCAUGAGAAAAACUGCACCACUGAGUUUUUUAAUCUAACCACAAAUAACACACACUCAUACUACUUCAGGAUCAUCAACUUGCAUUUUAUAGCAACAGCUGCUUGUGAUCCUCUUCAGAUCACAGUUAAAGAUUCUCCUCCGAGGCCCACAUUACAAGUCUCAGGUGAUCAGAAUGAGCUGAAGGAGAAGGAGUCUGUCACUAUAACCUGCUCAGCUCCCACUCCCUGUCCACACCUCCCUCCUCGACUCACCUGGAGCCUCCAACAAGACGCUCACAGCCAAACAGAGGAAAACACUGAUGGAACUUUAACCACUAAGAUCCAGCAGAACAUCACUCUGUCAGACCAACAUGAUGGAUUCAAGCUCAGCUGCUCUGCUGUGUAUCCUGUUGAUGGAGGACAACAUGUGAAAACAGCUGUGGCAGAGCUCACUCUCAGAGUUUCUUAUGCUCCUAAAGACAUGUCAGCCUCCAUCAGUCCAUCAGGUUUGGUGUCUGCAGGGAGCUGGGUGAACCUGACCUGCUCCAGCAGAGCCAGACCUGCUGUCAACUACACCUGGUUCAAGAUCAGUGAUCAUGGAGCAGUCAGAGUGUCUGAAGGAGACUUUUACAGCUUUAAUGUGAUGGAAGGAGGAGCUUAUUACUGUGUGGCUGAAAAUGAUCUGGGAAAUCAGACUUCAGAAGAGAUUCUUGUGAUUGUUGCAGAUGAUCAGAGGUUUGGACUCGGAGUCCUCGUUACUCUGAAGAUUGUGGGAAUCGUAGCUCUCUGCAGUUCAGUCAUCAUCUUUGAGUGCUGGUUCAGAAGGAGAUUUCGCCACAAACCAGUGAAGUUUGCACAUCAACCUGCAUCUCAUUCAGGAGGAAAAUACUUUGUGUUUCAUCUGAUUAUGAUGCAAGACUCUGUAGUGUGUGUGAGUCAUAUUUCCAGCAGAGCAGAGGGAAGAUCAGUGCAGCUGUUCAACCUGACAGCAGAGCUCUGAAGGCUCUCUGUGUUGUUUCAUUUCCACUCAGGACUCACAAGAAGCAGACUAUGUCAACACAGUGGAGGAGAGUCGAGCCUCUUGAGCCACGAGGAGAAGAAGAAGAUGUUAAAUCCAUCAUCAGUGACGUGGUUUAUUCUUUCUAAUAAUGUCUAACGACAUGUUUGUCAUUCAUGUAGUGAAUUCUGUUGUUUGGUGGAUCACAGAGUUUUUCAGUGUUGUAGAGAUGAACUGGUUCUGAUCAGUAGAGGAUAAACAGACACAUAAUUCAUAGCUUGAUAUUUUCUUUGUGCAUUGAAACAGCAUUUAAACUAGCUUAAUAUGCAUUUCUUAUUUGAAGUAUUUUGUUCCAUUUCAUGUUCAUUUCAUGAGCAACACGUGUCUUUACUGUAUUCUUGUUCGUUGGUAUUGUUAUUGUUUGAAUAUUUUAUCAACAGAAGUGUUUUCCUUUUUAAUA